GCAUGGAGCCCUUCUCCCCACCAGAACCAGAGUUUCCUGCAGAAAAGAGCUCGUCGGUGCCGCAGAAAACGUUCCGUGUCCUGGUGGGUGUGACUGGCAGCGUGGCUGCCCUGAAGCUGGCUCUCCCCCUCGCUGAAUUGUUGAAAAUCCCUGGGCUCGAAGUGAAAGUGGUCACUACUGAGCGAGCAAAGCAUUUCUACCGUGCCCAGGAGAUUCCUGUCACCCUCUACAGCGAUGAAGAUGAAUGGCAGCUGUGGAAAGGUCGUUCGGACCCGGUCCUGCACAUCGAGCUCAGGCGGUGGGCUGACCUCAUGUUGGUGGCACCUCUUGAUGCAAACACGCUGGCAAAGCUCGCGAACGGCAUCUGUGACAACCUGCUGACUUGUGUCAUCCGUGCUUGGGAUCUGAGCAAACCCCUGCUCUUCUGCCCAGCGAUGAACACGGCCAUGUGGGAACAUCCCAUCACAGCUCAGCAGGUGGAGCGGCUGAAAGGCUUUGGCUACACAGAGAUCCCCUGUGUGGUGAAGAAACUAGUGUGUGGGGAUGAAGGUCGAGGUGCCAUGGCAGAAGUGUGGACUAUUGUGGAGAGCGUGAAAAGGAUUCUCGAAGAACGGGACUUGCCAACACAGAGCUGAUGGUUUGGCACAUAAAUUGUGUUUCUUUGCCCCUCCGCCACGAUGAUUUGAAGAUUAAAAAACAACAGGAA